GCCCAGGCCAGGGAGAGAGAGGACACCCAGGAGCCUGCCAGCCUGCAGGGGCGAGAGUUGAGAUGUGGUCCACCUCAGUGGUCAUCGUAGUUGCCUUGCUGAGCCCGCUGGUGGGAGCUGCCUCCGGCUCCCCCCCACCGCCCCAGGAGGCAGCGUCCCUCUUCUCCGAUUUGACCCCGGAGGAGCUGAAGGCCGUCCGGCGCUUCCUGAUGAGCCGCCCAGAGCUGGGACUCCAGCCCAACAAGGGGGGGACCCUGCGGAAGAACAGCCUCUUUCUGGUGGAGCUCCUGGCCCCCAGGAAAAGCCAGGCCUUGACCUACCUGGACUCAGGUGGGCCCCGUCCGAGACGCCGGGCCAGAGCUGUGGUGCUCUUUGGUGCUGAGGCCAAGCCCAACAUCACCGAGUACAUUGUGGGGCCUCUGCCCACCCCCAAGUAUUACCGGCCUCGUGGCCAACCUGUGGCCUACACUUCGAGGCCCAUGAACUACCUGGAGUACCACCUGCUGUACAGCCACCUGCAGAAGGCCCUGGCCCCCUUAGAAGCGUUUCUGCAGGCCAUCUCCGACUUCAGACGCGAGCCCUGCGGGGACCGGUGCUUCACCUUCACAGACAUUGCCCCCCGAGGUCUGGGGCCAGGCGAGCGUCGGACGUGGAUUAUACUGCAGAAGUUUGUGGAGGGCUCCUUCUUGCAUCCGGUCGGUCUGGAGCUCCUGAUUGACCACAGACCUCUUGAUCCAGAGGCCUGGAAGGUGCAGAAACUGUGGUACAAUGGGCAGUAUUAUGACAGCCCCGAGGAGCUGGCCGAGAAGCACGCCCAAGGCCAGGUGGAAAUCGUGCGCCUGGCUGAGCAGCCGGAGCACAGCCUCUUCUCCACUUUUGUUCCCCGCGGAAACUUCACCGCAGGCCCCCCGACAGAUGUGCACGGCGCCAAGAUCUGCGAAACGGCCGGCCACCAGUACUACGUGCGGGGCAACCUGCUGGAGUACAGCGGCUGGAGCCUGGCUUUCCGCCUGCGCUCCUCCACUGGCCUCCAGCUCUUCGACGUGCGCUUCAAUGGCGAGCGCAUCGCUUACGAGCUGAGCGUGCAGGAGGCGGUGGCCUUCUACGGAGGGAGCUCGCCCGCCACCAUGCAGACGAAAUACAUCGACGUGGGCUACCUGAUGGGCUCCCUCGCCCAUGAGCUGGCACCUGGCAUCGACUGCCCAGAGGUGGCCACCUUCCUGGAUGCCUACCACAUGGCCGAUACCGACAGGCCGGUCCGCUACCCGCGCGCCAUCUGCAUCUUUGAGCUGCCCACCGGGGUGCCCUUGCGGCGCCACUUUGACAGCAACUUCCACGGCGGCUCCAACUUCUACGCAGGCCUGGAGGGUCACGCGCUCGUCCUGCGCACCACCGCCACCGUGUACAACUACGACUACAUCUGGGACUUCAUGCUCUUCCCCAACGGAGUGCUGGAGACCAAGGUCCACGCCACAGGCUACCUCCACGCCUCCUUCUACACGCCGGAGGGGCUCCAGUUUGGCAACCGCAUCCACACCCACCUGCUGGGCAACGUGCACACUCAUCUGAUCCACUACAAGGUGGACCUGGAUGUUGCAGGGGCGGCCAACAGCUUCGAGACGCUGGAGGUGGCGCUGGAGGACGAGGCGGUGCCCUGGCAGGCGGGGGCGCGGACGGUGCAGCCUCGCCUGGAGCGGCGCCGGCGCCUGCGGGAGCGCCAGGCCGCCUUCCCCUUCGACGAGCCGCUGCCGCGCUACCUGCUCGUUUCCAACAGCCGCAGCCGCGGGCCCACCGGCCACCCGCGCAGCUACCGCCUCCAGCUCGCCUCCCACGGCCACCGCCUCCUGCCCCGCGGCUGCAAGGUGGAGCGCGCCGUCUCCUGGAGCAGGUACCACCUGGCCGUGACGCGCCACCACCCGCAGGAAGACAGCAGCAGCAGCAUCUACAUCCAGAACAACCCGUGGGACCCCGCCGUGGCCUUCGAGGACUUCCUCCGCGACGACGAGAGUUUGGUGGACCAGGACCUGGUGGCCUGGCUGACCGUGGGCUUCCUCCACAUCCCCCACACCGAGGACGUCCCCAACACCGCCACGCCGGGCAACGCGGUGGGCUUCCUCCUGCGCCCCUUCAACUUCUUCCCCGAGGACCCCUCCGUGGCCUCCCGCCGCGCCGUCAUCGUCCGCCCCGCCAAGGAGCCCGAGAGGGGAGUGACCGUGCAGCGCUGGACCCCCGACAGCCCCGGCAGCUGCGUUUCCCGCCGGCCCUUCAGCUACAACGGCACCUACGCCCCCGUGUAG